AUGGUUUUUAAAAUAAGAGUGCAUUGUCGUUCGUUUUGCUUGUUGGCAUAUUGCUCAUAUUUUAUUCCACAAGCGAACUGCACUUACGGAGACGUCGGAGAAACUUUCGGUUUCGCAAUUGUCAUAGAAUCUGCAUUUCUUAAUGUCGCCGUUCAAUUCGAUUAUAUUUUCGUGGAGUACGGUUGGUGGAUAGUGGGAGCUCUUAUAGUGUUUCAGUUCGUAUAUAAAAGAUUUAUUUCACCGUUGAUUCAAGAUAUCCAACGGAGAAAGGAGUUAGAAAGGAGGAAAAAAUUCGACACUGAACUACAGGAAGCAUACGGAGAUCGUAUACGAAUAGCUCGUGAACAAGCUCAACGGGAACUGGACAACAGAGUAGUCGAGGCACAUAAACAUUUGGAAGUAAAGAAGCAGGAGAGACUGCAAGGCAUUAUGGAAAAAACGUUAUCAGGAAUACCGAAUGAUUUAUACACGUUUGUUACCGGUUUAAUAAGUUCGACUCCGGUUGUUGUUUUCAGCAAAACUUAUUGUCCAUAUUGCAUGAAUGCGAAACGAGCACUAAGUACAUUUCGAAUGCGGGAUGAUUUGUACAAAAUCAUUGAAUUGGAUAAAAGAGACGAUUGCGACAAAAUCCAAGAUAUAUUACUACAAAUAACAGGAGCUAGAUCAGUGCCACGUGUUUUUAUUGGUGGUAAAUGUAUUGGAGGUGGUGAUGACACAGUAGCCGCACAGAAGAAUGGACGUCUAGAAAAAAUGUUGAAAGAUGCCGGUGAGACUUGUUUCUAA